AUGAUGAUCUUUCGAACUUUCCACAGGCCCUUCCGGAAAUAUCCUAUCCACCCAAUAAGUAGCUUAUAUCACAUCGUGGCCCAACUGUUGGUUCUCUCUUAUAUGGGUGAGCAGCAUGGAAGGAUCAUUCAAGCUUCAUUUGAUGGAGAAAACCUGGUUCUACAAUUUUCUCAACUGUGGAGCUUCGAGGAUGAGGAUACAGCACCUGUGGAACUCUUCACUCGCUAA